UUCCUUUAGAGGUAUGCAACACUGAAGUAUUCAGGAAGAAACACAGCACAUGAACGCAUCAUCUUCGGGCAGAGCUCUUUGGUUAAUAAAAAACGAUUCAUCUGGACUUAUUCUACCUGCUUCUGCCAUCAAACAAACAUACAAUGGCAUUUAUUCGUCCUCCUUUCUUUAUUCUAGGUUUGAUUGUGGCUCUCGUCACAGCAGAAGACUCAACUCAACUCAAUAACAGCACAUCUUCAAAUAACGAAACUACUUCAACUGCUGCAACAUCUACCAUGAACGCCAUAAGUAUCGCCAUCACCAGCAAUAUCUCCACUAGUACCAUGAACUUCACCACCACCAACAGCAGCACACCCACAACGACAGGAACGGAGGAUGGCAAAGCAUCAUCGCCUGAAAUGUCCACACCUAAACCUGGUUAUACUGAUACACCUACACCUACACCUACAAUGGAAGACAACAACAAGGACAAAGGCAAAACCACCGUUAAGGCAGCAGCGAAAGGAGGUGACGUUAUUGGUAUCACCUUCCUCAUUAUAAUUAUCAUCAUCGCUCUUGGAUUUGGUGUUGUCUGUUUCUUGGCACGGAAGAGAGGAAGGCGCUACUCUGUUGACUUCACAUCCAGACCUGAUGAUGCCAACAUUCCUCUCAGCACUGUGGAGCCUGAGUUGCCUAUCAAUACUGUACCUCAGAACGGCCUGCAAACCUUUCAAAGUGUCGAAUCAACAAAAGAGCCACAAGAACCAGAGCCAAAACCUGAAGCACAGGAGGAGCAGAAAGUUGAUCCUGAUAAAUCUGUUGUUGAACCUGCUGCUGAGUCUGCAGCUCCUGCACCAGCACCAGACAGCCCUGAGGACAAACCCAAAGAGGAAGUGGUUGAGACGACUCCUCCUGCACCUGUGGAGCCAAGUGUGGACGAGAAAACUGAUGACGAAGGUGCCGUCUCCAACAAGACCUCAGUGGAAUCGCUAAAGGAGACAAACGAGAACAACAGCAACAGUGCUGACUUCAGACAGAAGCCGGAGUUGAUGUCCAGCAACAGCUUCUGCGAUGUUCCUCUGGAUUGUCCUGUAUGAGGCCCCCUGUGCUGUUCUUCAGGAACUUGAUCGAGGAAUUGCUCACAAACUCAUACGGGCGCAUAAAAAAAAGAA